AUGGGUAUCCGAGGUCUUGACGUCUACCUUCGCGAGAGGAAGCUUGUAAACACAUGUCCUCUUUCCGCUAUAGCCAACACUCGUCUUGGCAUUGAUGCAACUCAUUACCUCCAUCAUCUCCUCUCUGAUGCCGACUCUCGUGAACCUCUCGUCGCCGCUACCGGUGGUUUACCUCUUGGGAUAAUUGCCAAGAUAGAAACAGAUCUUCGCUCAUUAGAAAGGUUGAACAUCAAACCUGUUUUUGUCUUUUCCGGUCUACCACUCGCUUCCAGACCUCCGCAGAAAGGACCCGACCCCCAAGCAGAACGAGAGACCCAGGUGAAGAAUGAAGCAUGGUCUUUCUAUGAGAAUGGUCAGGUUGAAAGAGCUAUCAUGCAGCUCACCGCGAUAAGGAAUGGAUCGUGGACGGACUCAAAGGAUUUGUUAAGAUCCAUCAUCAGAUUAUUCAGACAUCGAUUUGUGGAAUUUGUUAUCGCACCCUAUAUAGAGUUUGCACAACUUGCAUAUCUGCUCCAACACCCCAAGGGUUAUAUACACGCUAUUUACUCUUCGACGGAAUGCUUAAUGUGGCCCGUUGAACGAGUAAUAACUUCUACCGACUGGACAACCAACUUUACAUUUGUGGAGAAAACUCGCCUUCUGGUAGAUCUUAACCUCACCAGUGAACAAUUCCUUGAUAUGGCUAUCCUUGCUGGCUCAUCACUCUCUCGUACUUUCCCUCCUAUCGCCAACGACUUUGCCGUCAAGACAGUAAUCGAUCUUAUGCGUCAUCACAAAUCCGGUAUUCUCGUUUGUCAAAAUUGGCGAGACAAUCAAUUCAAGACGCAAAAUUAUAUUGACGCAUUCUGGAAAGCUCGUCUCGCUAUCAAAUUCUCUCUUGUGCUUACUACCGAAGGUACUUGCGUUCCUCUACCGACAGUCGUUGCUCCUCUCGGUCAGGCAUUCACCCUCUCAGAUAUUCCUGGUGAACUCGACGAAAUCUUCUCGCCUCGAAUUCCCGAUGAGCUGUAUUUCUAUAUCUGCAAAGGUUUAAUCAGCUCCCAAGUGGUUGGAUGGGUGACCAGUGGAAUGAUACAUGAAAGUCAACCUUUGGCAGAUACUACCGAUUAUCACAGAUUCAUCAAGGAUGUCAUUACGGAAGGACCUACUUCACCUCGUUGCACCACUAUUGCCUUGCUUACCAGUGUCUUACAUCCUGACUGGUCUAAACGUCGAAUUAAUGCGCACUACUUCUUUGAUCCUCCAUAUGCAGCACCCCAAGGUGCUAUCGUCCCCUUCAAUGAUGCCACUACCCAUUCACUUGUCGAAAAGCUUGGGGGAUGGACAGUACCGAUGAAUAUAAUAGAAUCAGAACUCAGAAGGCAGAACUCGUCAACUAUUGAUCUCAAGCUCUGCAUCGGUGCACUGGUCAGUGAGGAGAUAGCCGCUCAAACCAGAAGGGAAAAGGGUGGAAGGGUAUUGGACAAGAAAGACGAGCUCGUGGCUAAUGUAUUAUGGCGUCUUAUGGAGUUAAGAGGCUUCGUCAACGCCAACCAUACUCAGAGUCUGAUUGGUAAGGCCCUAUAUGCCGCAAAUGCUGCAUCUCGUGUCAACGACCGAUUCCAGGAACCCUUAUAUCUGCUUCUGGAAUUACUUCGAGCUGGAGUUAUUCACGGAUCCAGGUGGGGAGGGGAUAAGGCAGAAAUUUUGUCCGGUGGACCCAGCUUCGGUACGGAUGAGGAGCAGAAGAGCAUCUUACUUAUCAUGCGAUGUAUAUCUAUUUUACCUCUUAUAUUUAGGCCGCAACAAUGGGUUGGUCCUUUAUCUCGAGAAUUAUUGGUAUUCAACUCUUUCGUUAGAGCGUUAUCAAAAUCACUGCGACAUCUAUGCGAGGCUGUAUCAGUCCAUGCUCUGCUUUCCGGAGGUGCUAGACGUAAUCGGGAAGACGUUCAAGAUCUCAUGCUCAGUUUACCAUUCCAAAGCGAAGUGAAUACUGGAUUCGGUAUCCUAAUCAAAACUUAUCUUGAUGCUACCACUUAUCACUUCGAUGACACCAUCACUGAAGCAGAUGCUGGAUCCGAAAAAGCCACGCAAUCAAAGAAAGAUGCAUUGUCUUUCGUCGAACAAUCCUUCUCCAGUGUGAGGUCGCCACUGCAAGAGGUUGAACGAGGGUUCAGAUUUUGGGAUUCAAUCAUGGCUGCUAUUCGAUCCCUUGACAAAGAACAAGGACCAAAUCCGUCACUUGCUCAAAGAGUGGUAGGCGAGGAUGUUAUCGGACAAUUUGAAGCAGCGGAUAAAUGGUUAAAGCCUAUGAGACCGUAA